ACGAAUACGCGGUAAGCGCGAGCUUUCAGCGGUGUUAUGGUGAUGUUGAAUGGCGUUCGUAUGUUAUAUCUGAAUAUCAAGUUUUUGUUUUCGGUGGCGGUAAUUGUAAAGGCAUUUUGUGUAGCUUUCUCUUUUUGGUGUUUUAAUGUUAACACGAUGGCAGAAAGAGAGUAAAACUUUGCGUUGUGGGUGUUUUGUGCUAAACCAAGUGUUGUAAUGUCGCAUUAAUUCUAACAUAACAUGGCUGUUUUUUAGUGCGUGUGUAUUUGUUUGUGGGGUUGGUUAAAUGCCAAAUACAUGAAUAUUGAGGAUUCAUAUAUACUAUAAAUUCACACAAUGCCGAGUCUUCCUCAAAACAACCUAAAGGAGCAACUGGAACGACACAACAAUGCGGCACAGAACAAGUUGUCACUGCUGAAACUAAAGCCCGGGGGAUUUUGUUUCAAAAAGAAGUCUUCAUCAGGUAUCUCUAAAGACGAAGUUCCUCAAAAGGUAACUGGUGCAAAUGUCUUCGCAAACAGGAGUGUCAAUAUUCCCCGCAGCUGUGAAGUAACCAAAACUCCUGUGACGUUUUCGCAAAAGCCUGUGAGAGCAGUUCCGAAAGUCAACUUCUUCGCUGCACCCGGCAGACCGAAGACAAAUACUGUUAAUCCAUUAGUCAACCCAUUUGCUGUGAACAAAACGCCUCCUGUCCUAUCUGCCAUUAAGGAUUUGCCAAAAUCUGCAGUCUUACCUAAGGAUCAAACUGUGGUUGAACCUAAGGGUGACAUCUCCCAACUCUCCUUCAACGAAUGGGAUGACUUGGAUGAUUUUGAAACCCCGGUCAAGGCAAGAGUAUCAUCCCCAGUUACAGAGACCUCUACAAAAAAGCUAAGUGUAUCGGACCAGAACACGUCCCGAAAUUCCUCUUGUGCUAAGAGUGAUGAGACUACAUUAAACGGAGGUUCACAAGUUACAGAAACCAUAACUGCCCCAAAGGACGUCCUGUCAGCUGCUAAUAGAGUCAGCAUAGAGCCUGCUGAGAGAGAGCCAGAGGACUCGCCAAUUAAAAAAUCCAAAAGACAUAAGAAAUCAGUCCAGCAAAAGGCGUUACUGAGUGACACUGAAGAUGAGGAGAUCAUUGAUUGUAUUACCCCAGAGAAAAAUGAAAAGGACAUCAAGUGUGUGACAACUGCUAAAGAAGAGCAGUGGGCUGAGACAAACAUCAUAGACAUUGAUGAGACUGAGACAGACAACUUUUAUGAGGAUUUCAUCCCUCCAUCCCCUGUUCCUGAGGAGACGAGUCCCUUUGGCUCAGAAAAGGAGAAAAGUUCAUCUGACCCUGUUACACAUGCUGACAAAAAUGUUCCACCUCAUGAGUCUGCCUCAAAUCUGUCAGCACCCUUUGAUGAACCUGCUAAAGAAUUAAAAGGACCUGAUGAUGCUCUCUUUACAGUUAUGGAGUAUAUUUGUCGUUUAGUGGACACUAUUCCAGAGCAUGAGCUCAUAGCACUGACCUGCGGCACAGAGCUAUUACUGCAGAGAGCACACAGGAAAAGGAUUCUUGCUAAUGGUGCACCAUCUAGAACACCUCAGUUAGAUCCAGCAGCAUCUCCAUAUUCUAGACUGCUAAACAGACAAGGGUUUGGAGUCACACCCUCUAGUCUAACAUCAUCUAUGACCCCAAUGACAUCAGAAAAGGGAGAGGCUGCCAAAACAGGCUUUCUGUUUCGCAAGUCCAUUGCCUCCAUCAUAUCUUUGGAAAAUGACAGUGUGUUUGAGGAUUCUGACUGCAUCAUCAAUGGGGUUGAGACCCCUGGUGGAUCCUGGAAUCCUAACAGCACCGCAAAAACAGCAACUAGUAGGGACAUCUCAAGCAGGUCAAGUUCCCCUUCAACCAAAUCUGAGUCAAAAAUGGAUAAGUGCUACUCAAGGUUGUCUUUCAGUGAGUCAAACAAUCAGACUGUGGGUGGAGAUCAGGUUGACUUGUUUUAUUCCCCCAAAAGAGUAGAUUCAGGAAAGAGAAAUGCUGAGAGCAGUGUUGAAACCAUCAUGGAAGUACCCAACUGUUCUCGAGCAGAUACAGUGCCACCUGAUGACUUCCUAAUUGAUGACUUUGAUAUUGAUGAUUUUGAUGAGACUGAUGUUCCAGAUUAUUUUGAAGAACCUCCAAGUGUUUUGGCAUCAAGAGACAGCUUUGGUGCAAAAACGCCAUCGGUGCAGGAGGGAGGGCCUUCAAAACCUUUGGAGAGAAAGACUGUAACACCGCCAGCACUGAAAAAUACCAAAACAUCCAACCCUGAACCUGUGUACAGAAACCCAGCUCAUGACCGCUUUAGAGGCUUCAGCUUUCCUCACAGCCCAGAGAUGAUGAAGAUCUUCCAUAAGAAGUUUGGGCUGCAUCAGUUCCGCUUCAAUCAGCUGGAGGCUAUUAAUGCCGCACUGUUAGGAGAAGACACGUUUAUACUGAUGCCUACAGGUGGUGGUAAAAGUCUCUGCUAUCAGCUUCCUGCUUGUGUCUCUGCUGGAGUGACUAUUGUCAUUUCUCCUCUACGGUCACUCAUAGUUGACCAGGUCCAAAAGCUUACCACAUUAGAUAUCUGUGCAACUAGUUUAUCUGGGGACAAAAAAGAUAGUGAGGCUGCAAAGAUCUAUAUGCAGCUGUCUAGGAAGGAUCCCCCCAUCAAACUGCUUUAUGCCACUCCUGAGAAGGUGUGUGCAAGUGGACGAAUGAUCAGUGCCCUUCAGAAUCUGUAUGAAAGGGGUCUGCUGGCUCGCUUAGUCAUUGACGAGGCCCAUUGCGUCAGUCAGUGGGGUCAUGACUUCAGGCCAGACUUCAAGCGCUUGCAUGAGCUCAGGCGGAUGUUUCCCAGUGUUCCUAUAAUGGCACUGACGGCCACUGCCACUCCUAGAGUUCAGAAAGAUAUUCUUAACCAGCUAGCAAUGACCCGUCCUCAGGUAUUCACUAUGAGCUUCAACAGGCACAAUCUCAAAUAUUCAGUAUUGCCAAAAAAACCCAAGAAGGUUGAUGAGGAAUGCAUUCAGUGGAUCAAGAAAUAUUACCCACGUGACUCGGGGAUUGUGUACUGCUUGUCUCGUAAUGACUGCGACACUCUGGCUGUCAGUCUUCAGAGGGCUGGAAUCGCAGCGCUGGCAUAUCACGCUGGCCUGAGUGACAGUGACAGGGAAUAUGUCCAGAAUAAAUGGAUCAACCAGGAUGGCUGCCAGGUUAUGUGUGCCACCAUUGCGUUUGGCAUGGGAAUCGAUAAGCCAGAUGUGCGUUAUGUGAUCCAUGCCAGUUUGCCCAAGUCAAUGGAGGGUUAUUACCAGGAGUCAGGCAGAGCUGGUCGAGAUGGAGAGAUUUCCCACUGCGUCCUCUUCUAUUCCUACAGUGAUGUUAUCCGCAUCAAGAGACUCAUCGCUAUGGAUAAAGAUGGCAACCAGCAAUCCAAAGCCACCCACAUCAACAACCUGCACAGCAUGGUGCAUUUCUGUGAGAACGUGGCCGAGUGCAGGAGAAUCCAGUUGCUGGCUUACUUCGGCGAGCACACAUUCAAUACAAGCUUCUGUAAAGAGCAUCCUGAGGUCAUCUGUGACAAUUGUGCCAGACCACAUAAAUAUAAAUCAAGAAAUGUCACCGACGAUGUGAAGAAGAUUGUGAGGUUUGUGCAGGAGAACUGUGAGAAGGUUGGAAACCGAUACGGCAAAUCUGCCCAGCAGAACAGGCUCACUCUCAACAUGCUGGUCGACAUAUUUCUGGGCUCUAAAAGUGCUCGGAUCCAGUCUGGAAUGUUCAGGGAAGGAGCAGCAUAUUCCAAACACAAUGCUGAGAGGCUUUUUAAGAAACUGGUGCUGGAUAGUGUUCUGAUGGAGGACCUCUACAUCACUAACAAUAUGCAGGCAGUGGCCUAUAUCUCUGCUGGGCCUAAAGCAAUGAGUGUACUGAGUGGCUGCAUGCAGGUUGAGUUUAUUGAGACAGAGAGUGCGUCCAGCAUCAGAAAGCACAAAGCCUCUGUGAUUGAGAACGUUUCUAAGAGAGAGGAGAUGGUUAAAAAAUGUCUACAGGAACUCAAUGAUCUGUGCAAGAAGUUGGGCAAAGUCUUCGGCAUUCAUUACUACAACAUUUUCUCCACAGCCACACUCAAAAAGAUUGCUGAAACUCUCUCGUCUGAUCCGGAGGUUCUGCUGCAGAUUGAUGGUGUGACUGAAGACAAGCUGGAGAAGUAUGGAGCUGAGGUUAUUGAACUGCUGCAGAAGUACUCCGAGUGGCAGCUGCCUGCUGAGGCACAGACAGAGAGUUCAGGAUGGAUUGACACAACAAGAGGCCAUCAAAACGAGGAAGAUGACGAUGAUGAAGGGGACACCACAUCAACCUAUUUCAGAAGCACCUCUGGACGAGGAGCAAAGAGAAAGCAAGGGUCUUACUCCAGGAAACCCAAAAGAAGAAAAGGUGCCAGCGGCCAAAACUCCUCCUCUAAAGGUGGAUGCAGCAAUAACUGGUCUUCAUCAAGAGGAGGAAGAGGAGGAUACAGGGGUGGUAAUCGAAGUGCAGGCAGAGGUUCCAGGCCGGCUCCAUCAGUCCCAGCAGUGAAGAGGCCCGGCUUCAUGGCUUUGCCCACCCCACAGACUGCUGCUCGUCCAUUCCUCAAACCAAUAUUCUCUCACCUCUAGAAUCAGAAUACUUCUACUGGUAAUGUCAAUUGAUGUGACUUUGUGAAUAUUUGUAAUUUGUAAAGAAACUUUAUACACUGAUUUUUAAUAAAUAUAAUUUUGUGGUGUA